CUUGGACUUCUGUGGCCUUCACACCCUAUAUUCUGCACCCUAACUUUGUCAGAGUUUCCGAUAGCCGUCCGUGAAAAACAUCAAUAAUUCUUUUAUAAAAAAUGUCUCGUAUUCCUUCCGUUUUGAACCCCACUGAGCAAGACAUUCAAAUGUUGCUUGCUGCCCAAUGUCAUAUUGGUGCCAAGAACGUCACUUCGUCUAUGACUCCUUAUGUCUACAAGCGUCGUGCUGAUGGUAUCAACUUGAUCAAUCUCGGCAAGACCUGGGAAAAGCUCAUUUUUGCUGCUCGUGUCAUUGCCGCCAUUGAGAAUCCUCAAGACAUUGUCGUGAUCUCUGCUCGUCCUUUCGGUCACCGUGCCGCUUUGAAGUUUGCAAAGUACAUUGGUGCUGAAGCUGUCGUUGGUCGUUUCACCCCUGGUACUUUUACCAAUUACAUCACCCGUUCUUUCCGUGAACCUCGCUUGAUUGUCUGCACGGAUCCUCUUUCGGAUUUCCAAGCCAUCAAGGAAGCUUCGUAUGUCAACAUGCCCGUCAUCUCGCUUGCUGACACGGAUGCUCUUCUUCAGUUCGUUGACGUUGUCAUCCCUACCAACAACAAGGGUAAGCACGCUAUUGGUUUGAUCUACUGGUUGUUGGCCCGUGCGGUUCUCCGUCUCCGUGGUACCCUUGAUUACCAAACCGAAUGGGAUGUCAUGGUUGAUAUGUUCUUCUAUCGUGAUCCCGAGGAGGUCGAAAAGGACGUGGAAGCUGGUGCCGUCGAAGGUAACACCGAAUGGACCGGCGCCGCUCCCAACGAGGUCGAAUUCUUCAACGAAGGUGCCGGCACGGAAAGCCAUGUGGGUGUUGGCGGCGCCGGUGAAUGGUCGGCUCCCGCUACUUCCGGUGACUGGGCUGAGGAUGUCACUGGUUCCUCCAACUGGGGCGAAUCCACCCCCGCUGCUCCCGCCGCCGAGUCUUCGUGGUAAAAAAAAAAAAAAAGAACUUGAUGUUCCCAUUUCUCAAGAAAUGAGUGCCCAAAAAAUCAAGCGUAUUUUCCUCUUUUUGUUGUUCAUUUUGGUUUUUAAUUUUUUAAAAUAAAGAUGACGGGAAAAAGUAAUGGAAGAUUAAAAAAAGA